GCGGUGUCUGAUGACCGAGGAGGAGGAGAAAGCUCCCGGUCCGCUCGCUCGUCCUCGCUGCUCCCUUUUUGCCGUCAGUCCUACAAGCAAUCGGGUUGUACCGGAGUGCCCGCUGCCGCCGUGGACUUAUUUUUCUCCCGGUGAUUCGGUAUUGGAUACCAGCAAACUAUCCCAGAAGAUGCUUUUCUUUCUGCUACCUGUCGUGGCUCUCUUGCUGAGCAGAGACACGUCGGUCUCCGGUAACAGUAACGAGAAAUGGCUGGGCACCGUGGCUCAGCACAACAAGGACAGAUCCUGGAACAGAUUCAGAGAUGAAGCGGAGGAUGACUACUUCAAAAGCUGGGCUCCUGCCAAGUCUCUGGACCAAGGACCAGAUGCCACCAAGGACCCGUGUCUGAGGGUUCGCUGCCCUCCUCACAAGGUCUGCAUCAGCCAUGAUUACCAGACUGCCAUCUGCACCAAUCACAAGCAACCAGCCCAUAGUGUGAAAGCCAGAAAAGAAGGCGUUGGCCACAAGCAGAGGCUUGAACCAGGAGCCCAUGGGAAAUGUAGGCUUUGCUCAGCACUUCAGUCAACUCCUGUAUGUGCUUCUGAUGGACACACCUACUCCUCCAAGUGUAAGCUGGAGUUCCAGAGCUGCUUAUCUGGAAAAACAAUCUCCGUUAAAUGUGAUGGACUGUGCCCCUGCUUGCCUGGUCAUGAGCUCAUCAAACCACCAACUAAUGCAGAGAAAGCUGCUUGUAGUGAUGCAGACCUCCACAGUCUGGCUGCCAGGCUGAAGGACUGGUUUGGAAUUCUCCACCUUGAUGCCAACAGAGACCUCAAAUCCUCUGACAGCUUUGACUCCACCAACGGACAUUUUGAUACCAGCAUCUUACCUAUUUGUAAGGAUUCACUGGGCUGGAUGUUCAACAAGCUCGACAUGAACUUUGACCUCCUGCUGGACCAAUCAGAGCUGAGUGCCAUCUACUUGGACAAGUAUGAGCUGUGCAUGAAGCCUCUCUUCAACUCCUGCGACUCCUUCAAGGAUGGCAAGCUGUCUAACAAUGAGUGGUGCUACUGUUUCCAAAAGCCUGAAGGACUGCCUUGUCAAACUGAGAAAAGCAAGAUCCAGAAUCAGAGUCGAAGAACGAGUCUAAUAGGUUCUUAUAUUCCUCGCUGUACUGAGGAGGGCUACUACAAACCAACCCAGUGUCACGGCAGCACAGGCCAGUGUUGGUGCGUGGACAAAUAUGGCAACGAGAUUGCUGGCUCUAGAAAACAAGGCAACCCCAACUGUGACGAGGAUCAGGAGACAUCGGGGGAUUUUGGCAGCGGUGGUGCAGUAAUUCUCCUUGAUGACCAGGAGGAGGAGCCAUCACAGAGCGGGCGAAGUGGGCGGCAGAAGAAGAGACGGGGCAGGAUCCACCCUAGAGGAACCAUCGAGGAUGAUGAAGACGAGGACGAGGACAAGGAUGAUGAAAUCGGCUACAUUUGGUAGCUCCACUCCAUUUCACUUUGCCAUCAGCUGACCACAGGAAACUCCGUUAACUCGACACAGAUCUGAAGCCAUUCCAAUGUCUCUUUUUCCAGUUACCUUGGCAGCAAUCCAUCUUUUAGCUCCUGAACUUGAUCUUGUAAUCCUUGCCCUUCAUACAAAUCGCUCUCUUCAGUCGACCUCAUACAAACUCUUUGUUUGCAAGUGCUCCACUCUUUCCUCAGACAGAAAACAGAGAGCCUGUUCGGUUUCAACUAAAACUGUCAAGCCCCUGCAAAAUUUAGUCACAGUCUGUCCACUUGCUGCUUCUACCCUCCCAAAAUCUGCAAUCUUAAACUCCUUCAAACAUGAACGCUUCUCUGUUAUUUCUUUUACUCCCUUUAUCUUAGUCCUCUUUCUUUCCUGUUGCUGAAUGUCCAUAUCAGUGUCUCUGGUCAGUCUGUGAGCCCAAAUAAAUUAGCUGAUGUAUUGGAUGUAAAUAUGUUUCUUGAGGGAGGCUUGAUUGUAGACAUCCCCCCCCCCCCCCCAAAUCCAGCUGAUUAGCAGUUUAUCUUAUGUUCUGUGUUCCACCGUUGGGUUCUUUCCAAUGUUCAACCAUGUCUCUCCAAAUUGCUGCCACAGUUUCAGGCUCUGAGAUGCUCCUUCCCUGUUAUUUCAUGGAGGAUUGUAAAUUACCUAAUUGUUGAUCUUGAAUGUUCCAGAAAGCCCAGGAAGCAAUGAGAUUAAUGCUGUAUUGUCGUUGUUGUUGCAUGUUUCUCAUCGUGUAUCUGUAAAAGAGAGAUUUACCUGGCCAGGUCCAGCUCUAUGCAUCUCAAAUCAGAAGUGAUGCCUAUUUGGCUGCUACAAUACUUUGUUGCUAUGUUGAUGCUGUCUAGUGUCCUUUUGGUUCUUCUCCCAAUCUCAGGAGGUAGCAAGUUGCAUUGCAGAGAGAUAGUGGGGUAGAAAAGCUAACUGCAAGACCUGCAUUGCAAAUCUGUUCUUUUUCAAUUUGUUCAGUAGGCCCUGCUGAGGCCUUUUGACUGUGCAUGGACACUAGAGGAGAGGCUACUCCUGAGCUGGGAGGACAUAGAACGUCAAGCAGAGACAAGACUCUGCUCUGCCUCCCGACAUUGGAUAUGUUCAGUGAUUUGAAAUUGAAAUCUUCGCCAUGUCAACUACGUGAACUUUUCUUUGUAACUUUGAAAAUUUAAGUAAAGUGGCACCAAGUGUCUUUUGAACCUUA